UUUUUGAAGCUUUAAGCAUGUUGUCUAACUGAAAGUGCGGAGGCUCGCGCAUCAGCACCUGUAGCGACCGCUUGUAUUUAUUUACAAGUUUGUUUUUGUUUGUUUUGUUUAUUAUUUCGAAGUAUUUGUAUUUUUGUUCAGUGGAUUUCCAGCUGAGGUGUCUUUAAAAAAAUGCAGCCGGCUUUUCACGAUGUGGACUGAAAGCGGAUCAGCAGCCGGAUUCACACACGUCUUCGGAUUAUUUGUGAAUUUUACGGAUUUUUAUUUGGUCUCAGAUUAUUAACAGAUUAUAGAUUCGUGUUAUAGACGGAAGAUGUGGAGGGUUAAUGAAGCGGGGGGGUUGGAGAUAUAACGGGAAAUAGAGGAUCCGCCAUUUAUCUGAGACGUUGUGAAACAGCUCAAGCUUUUAUUAUUAUUAUUAUUAUUAUUAUUAUUAUUAUUAUUAUUAUUAUUAUUAUAUCUCACCAUAGCUCAGCUUAGUGCUGUCUAUCUACAUAACCAUUGGGUAUUUUUGCUAUUUUAAACUUAAUUUCAAGACCUAAGUGCCAUAAAUUGUCUAAUACACUUAAACUAUAAUAACCUCUAUGUCCCUGAAAUCUAUUAUAUAUAUAUAUGUGUGUGUGUGUGUGUGUGUAAACUAUAAUCCAGUAUAGUAUAAUAUUACACAGGAAACCACUUUUAAAUACAAGUGCAUUACGAAUUAGGAGGCCUGCUGUGAAGUUAAAUAGCCUGAAGUCUAUUUUUGGCUUAGUAAGCUACUAGUAAGCUUUUAUAUUAACCUCUAAAGAGACACAGAGCUCCAGGUGUGUUAGAAAUCAUGGAGGGUGUGUUAGUAGAGGAGCCCAUGCCAGGGUACCUGCAGCUCUUCUCCUCAUCCUGGAGUGUUAUGCGAGACGCCUAUAGAAACUGUAAAGAUUGUGGCAUCAAACUGUCCAUACAGACCCUCCUGGACCAUGCACACCUCACGCCUACUGAAAUCCUGCUAUUCUUCCUGUUCGUGGUGAUGUGGACCAGUCUGAGAUGGGCACUGACUUAUCACCUGUUUAUGCCUUUUGCCCAGUGGUGUCGUCUUCAUCCCAAAGAUGUGGUGAAGAUGCCAGAAAGUGCGUGGAAGCUGGUCUUCUACACUGUGUCAUGGUCCUACUGCGCCUACCUGCUCUUCUUCUGCAACUAUGGCUUCUUCCACAACCCUUCAUCUGUCUUUCACAAUUGGAAGAGUGGAAUGCAGGUGCCCACGGACAUCGCCUUCGCCUACUUGAUACAGGGAAGCUUUUAUGGCCACUCCAUCUACGCUACGAUUUACAUGGACGCAUGGAGGAAAGACUCUGCCGUCAUGCUGUUGCAUCACUUCAUCACUCUGGCCCUGAUUGCAUUCUCCUACGCCUUCAGGUUUCACAACAUCGGCCUCCUGGUGUUGUUCCUCCAUGACAUCAACGACAUCCUGCUGGAGUUCACAAAACUUAAUGUCUACUUCAAGAUCCGUGGAGGAAAAAGCCACAUGAUCAACGAUGUCCUGUCCAGUGUUGGCUUUGUAGGCUUUGGCAUCACAUGGUUUUGCUUCCGACUGUACUGGUUCCCUCUGAAGGUGCUGUACGCCUCCUACGUCACCAGCCUGCAGUCUGUCCCUAACAUACCUUUCUACUUUUUUUUCAACGCUCUGCUGUUUGCACUUCUGCUUAUGAACAUCUACUGGUUCCUGUUUAUUGUGCAGAUGGUGGUGAAGGUUCUGACUGGGCAGAUGAAGGGGAUCAAUGAUGUGCGUGAAUAUGAAGAAAAUGAGUUCCAGAAAUCCCUCAAGGCUAAGAGCCAUAGCUCAGGACAUCAGGGCUCUGGAGAAGGGAAGCACACGCGGAAUGGAAUCAACAGGAAGCAUCAGUAACAGCCUCAGUGCUAUCACCUGCUGGCUCUCUACAGCAAUUACAACGAACAAAAAGGGCAGUUUGUCUCUGGCACUCCGUUCGUACUACAGGAACAAAAAAAAUAAUCUAGAUUUUUAGACCAAUUUUUUUUUUUUUGUCUUAAUUUAAUAAAACGUGAAUAUUAUUUUAGCGGAAUGGUAUUGUGUCACAAAAACGGGUAGAAGUGAAGGUAAAAUGUUAUUGUAUGUGUAAAUUGUUAGUACCCAUAUGGGGCAAUUUAGUUUUUAGGUAUUCACACUAUAAUUGUUUUCUUUAAGGGUCCAUAUAUGAGAUUUACAUGAGUUACAAGAUUUACAAAACUUUAUGGACACCAUUUUUAAUUGUAGAAUCUUAAUCAAAUCACCUAACAUACAAUUCUGAUGCCACUCAGGAGCUUUGUGACUGUUUUUGUAGAUCUAGAUUUCUGCAUUUAAUCAGCUACCUUUAUUGCACUGUCCACUGAUUUUAAUCUCUGAGAACUUGGUCCAUCUCCCAUGGUCCACCUACUUUGAAAUCAUGUAGUUUUGACACUGUGUCUUUACACAAGUAUUCCACAAGACACUGCAUUGAAUACCGUACCUCAUUCGCUUUAAUAGAACGGACCUGUCAUCACUCUAUAAUAUACUCUGCUUUAUAUAAACAAGAAGACAGUCUACACAGGACAACUAGUGUUUACUAGAUAUACCAUAAACGCCUUAUGAAAUUUUCCAUAUUUAGCCUCUUUUAAUAAGUAAAUGUUUUAUAACAAUCCUCUCUUACCCAAACUCUGAAGAGCUCGAUUCUGUUCGUUAGAAGUUUGUGUGUCACUAGUUUGUUCUCUUUUUUUUUUUUUUUUGCUGCAUAUGCAUGUUAAUGACCAUAGUAAAUGUAUCAGAGUGCUAUGUGACUAUCAUGGUAUUUUUUACACAGACCCACAGAACCACACUCUGUUAAUGAAUAUAGCAUUUAUUGUCUCAUGAGCUUCAUAUGUGAUCAUGUGAGAAUUAAACCUGUAUGUUUUUGUUGUUGUUGGAUUCUGCAGGGUUCCCUGUCUGUUUUGUUCUAGCUUUAGAUAGGUGCACACAACCUGCCUCAAGUGUGACUUUUUUUUUCCCAGGACAGUAGUUCACCACUGGUUCUCACACUUUUUCAUUCUUUUAAAUUAUUUUUUUUUGGCAAUUAUUGCUUUCUGAACACUGGCCAUGUGGUACUGCCUGGGUGUGUGUGAAGUAUCAUUGAUUAACAAUCAGGCUAGAUGAUGAACAUGAUGUUGGUUUAUAAUUACAGCAACCCAAGACCUCCUAAAACCACCAUACGGCUUCUACAGUAAUGUAUUUCUGCACAAGGUCUCUAGUUUCCAGUGUUUAAAGGGGUUAAAUGUGCCAAAGGAGAACCUGAUGUACACCAAGUUAGCUUUAUAGCACAGUGCUGUUGAAUUCUGGAUUCUGAUUGGCCAGAUGGUAUUGAUUUAUGUUCUGUCGCAGCAUCUGAUUUGUUAUUGUGCUUGUAUCAUUACUAUAACAGCUCAUUCGCAUGGACUUGUUAUGCGGAUGCUAAGAUGCUGACUCCUAUCCUAAUGCUGUGGUAUGAGAGGAAUAAAACAGAAUUUCGGAAUAUGCUGCUAUAGGACUAAAAUCAACUUUGGGGUUGUAAGAGUAACGUUGCUUCAUAUAGUGUGUUGUUCAGUGUCAGUUAGGGACCACAGCACUGCUGUUAACUGGGUGGGAUUUUUUUUGUUGUUGUUGCUGCUGUUAUUUUUAGGGAAUCGUUUUUCAGUCUUGCAGUAAACUUACAAAAAUGUCAUACAUUGUAAUGUCUGUGCAUUGUUUGUUAGCAUACAUAUUCAACAUUGGGCUGUAUCAAAUAGCAGAAAAGUGAACUGUUUUUAUUGUUAGCAAAAUAACUAGAGAAACAGGGCUUUGAUUAAUCUCUUAAAUAUGUAAGAAAUUUUCCCUUGGACCACAUAUUUUGGCAAAUAAACUUGAAUUUUUUCAGUUGAA